AUGGGUACGUGCGCGUCGCUAUGUACUAACGAACAGUUUUCGCUCGAGCUCGAUGAAUACGAGACGUACCGGCCAGCCUUGCGGACGUGGAGCGCUCUUUCAUCUGCCCCACAAAUUGUGCCUUCACUCCUUGUGAGUGUGAGUCUGCGUGUGUUGGGUAUGGACGAGACUUGCGAUGUAUAUGCAGCGACACCGCACGGAUCGAAACGACUCAGCAGUGCCAAGACUCACAGCAUUGUACUGGAGCGAUGGCAACUCGAUCUACGUGCCCGGUCCGAUGACGCACUGAAGGCGGAGCGCUUGCCAGCUGUCUACAAGCAAGGUAUUGUGCACUUCCGCACACUCUAUGCCAUGGCACAUGCGUUGCCGAUCUCGUCGGUCUGCCAGCAGAUCCGCACCGAUCAGCGCAUGGCACAGAACUUGGCUAUCGAAGUGCACAUAUCUGAAGGGCCUGCACCGGCGACGCCCAUGCCUUUGAAAGCAAAGUCAUGGUCCCUUGCGCCCAUCGCUACGCCCAUGGGCUCGCUUGAGUGCCGCAUUGACUCGUGUGAAGUGACGGAGUUGCUGAUGGAGCACAAGGACAAGUCUCCCAUAUCGAUCAAGAUGCGUCCGACUUCACCUCUUGUUCAGGCUAUGCUGACCCAAGAUGCUCAUGCGCGCCGGCCCCUCGAUCCUGGAAAUCGCACGCCCCGCGCGUCUCUAGGUCUGUCUGCGAGUCCAUCUCUCGCGACAUCGCCAUCGCGUCUCUCGCCCUGGGCCAUACCCGUUUCAUCUAUGGCUUCGCAUCGGCGGCGGCAUCGAGGGCCAGGGACAUCUCUUGUCUCGACACAAUUUUGCGAACCAGGUGCUUUGCGGACUUUGUUUUCCACUUCAGCUCGUUCGACCACACUAUCUCCCAGUUCACUUACGCUUACACCUCCUCUUUGUGCAGCCGGCAGCUUCGAUACGGCCAUGUCACAGCGGCACGGCUCAUACAAAGCCGAUGGCUCACCCAUAGAGGCCUCGUCUGUGACUCGUCGCGGCAAGCCUGAGCGGAUCCCCCGAUAUGCUCGGCAGCCAUCGUACAGGCAACGGCGGACGUCGCCAUCUCGUGACGACCAGACAGCAGGAGCAGCUCGGAGCUGGAGCACCAGGAGGGAGCAACGGCGGCUGCUGGACAGGGCCAUGUUGCCGCCUGAGUCGGGAUCUGUAGGUGCGACGAGUCCGAGCCAUUCGCGGGUCUUUAUGGGUCCGUCGCCGACACCGGCAUUUGCAUUACCCAGGCGUCCUCACACACGAUCCGAUAGCGCCUCUAGUAUGUCGGGGCCUGCAGGCGAUGCUCUGGACCUGGUCGCGAUGAUUGAUGCAAGGGUUACGGAGCCAGCGCUUGAGCUUGCACGGCAUAGCACCGAGCCGGAGCAAGCAACCUGGCAUGUCGGCAAAGACGAAGCACGGCCACAGUCGCAAACCAAGACAGCAACCGGCUCGUAUGAUGAUAUACUGACGAAGAUGACCCGCUCACUUCGGCUGCAAACACUCGACGAAGUGUUUGGGACGCACAGCAAGCAUAGUGCAGCGGGCAUACCAACGACACCCACGAACUCCAUGUCAGACACCCAGAAAGAGUCUGACGAGACAGCAGGGCGACUUGAUCUCUCCCUUGGAUGA